GUCGGGAGCGCGCGCUCUGCUCUGCUCUGCCCGUCCCCGGUCUCGCGGAGAGCAUUAACGGAGAGCACCGGCGCGCGCUGUUGGACCGGUUACCGCACGGUGCGCACCGAGGAACCCUCAGUUCCUAAAAGAGAGAGAGAGAGAUUAUAAUCCCGGUUAUUUUUAACUCCUGCGGCUGAAAUAAGGCGGAUUUACGGGUCACUGUCACUCAUUUACACACAGCUUUUACAACUCUCUCUGUGUGUGUGUGUGUGUGUGUGUACACUCAGGAGUGAAUUAUUCGGUGUGAGGAAUGAUCAAAUAUAUUACCCGCUUUUCAUUUCUUAAAAAUUAGAAUUCGAGUUGUUUGUUUGUUUGUUUUGGCCCCUGUUGUGUUGCUCUGCAGUGUGAGUGUGCAGAAAUGUACGCAGGAAGGAAAAGAAGAAAAGCCGCACAGAAAGCUGUGAAACAGCCUCCAGCUGACGGGGUGAAGUCGAACCCGUCUAAACGUCAUCGUGAUCGUCUGAACUCAGAGCUGGAUCGUCUCGCUCGCUUGUUACCGUUUCCUGAUGACGUCACGUCAAGCCUGGACAAACUGUCCAUCCUGCGUCUGAGCGUCAGCUUCCUGCGCACCAAGAACUACUUCUCUGUUAGCCUAAAGAGUCACACCAGUAAAAGGCUGCCAUCCAGCAACGGUAACCAUGACAACGGUAAAGCUGUGAGAUUGGUGGAUGGACGGCUACCAGAGGGGGAAUUGCUGCUGCAGGCUCUUAAUGGGUUUGUGCUGGUGGUCACUGCAGAAGGGAUCAUAUUUUACGCCUCACACACGAUUCAGGAUUACCUCGGAUUCCACCAGACAGAUGUGCUACAUCAGUGUGUCUUUGAGUUGGUUCAUACAGAGGAUCAGCAGGCAUUUAGGAGUAAUCUGCACUGGGCUCUGAACCCUCCUACAGCAGAGCAACAGCCCGAGAACACACAGGAUGCAGGUUUGGGCUCCAGUUCCUCUUCAGUCACAUAUAAACCAGAUCAACUGCCUCCAGAGAACUCGUCCUUCCUGGAGCGGAGCUUCAUCUGUCGCUUCCGCUGCCUGCACGACAAUUCGUCCGGUUUCCUGGCACUGAAUCUCCAGGGACGCCUGAAGUUCCUCCAUGGCCAGAACAGACGACUGGAUGAUGGAGGUCAAGCCCCGCCCCAACUGGCCCUGUUUGCUGUAGCCACACCCCUUCAGUCCCCUUCCAUCAUGGAGAUUCGGACCAAGAACAUGAUCUUCAGAACUAAACAUAAGCUGGACUUCACUCCUAUGGCCUGCGAUGCCAAGGGUAAAAUAGUUCUCGGUUACACCGAGGCAGAGUUACGAGUCCGUGGUUCAGGCUACCAGUUCAUCCACGCAGCUGACAUGCUGUACUGUGCCGAGAACCACAUCCGCAUGAUUAAGACCGGGGAAAGUGGCCUGACUGUCUUUCGACUGCUCACCAAGGAAAACCGGUGGAAAUGGGUGCAGGCCAAUGCUAGACUCGUCUACAAAAAUGGCAAACCUGAUUACAUCAUUGCCACUCAGAGGCCUCUCAGGGAGGAAGAAGGAGAUGAACAUCUAAGGAAACGCUCCAUGCACCUCCCCUUCACGUUUGCAACUGGCGAAGCUUUGUUGUAUCAGACCAGCUUCCCCAUCCCCGGCUUCUCUGAUAACAUGGUGGCCAAAGGCAAGCUUGGGAAGGCCAAGAAAACCAAAGUAGACAAAGGGUCAAAAGAUGAGCUGGACCCAAGCUCCCUGCUUGGUGCAAUGAUGAGGCAGGAUGAGUCUGUUUACGUAUGCCAACCUGCAUCAGACCCUAAAGUACCAUACUGUAGCAGCUUUUUGAGCAAACAGGACGAGACUAGCACUUUUUCCACAUCUGUGGACAGCGAGAACUGGAAUUCUGCACCAAAUAGUGUAAGUGAAGUUCCCAAGUCUGAAGUUCCAACUAGUUUCGACCCUCUGCUGGCUACAUUAGAUUCUCUGUCACUAGAAAACGACGAAAACUGCUCCAACAGUGAGUUGUUUAAUGCACUGGAAAAUCUGGGAUUGGAUGCCGAGGAUCUGGAGCUGCUGCUCCUGGACAAGAGGAUGAUCCAGGUGGAAAUGGAGCCAGAAUAUGUACCUUCACUUAAUGACCUCCUGACUAACAAUGAGAUCCUGUCCUAUAUCCAUGAUUCACUAGAAAAUGGGAUAAGCAACCAGGAUAGUCUUGUUCCUGUUACUGCCCCAGACCUUGUGGACCCUGUAGAGAGCUCCUCAAAUCCAUAUAACCUGCCCUCCAUGUCUGAUUCGACUCCUACGACUGUUUCAAGCCAGUAUUUACCCUUCCCACCUCCCAGACAUUCGUCACCCAUUCUGCAUCUGUCACAGCAGAUGCAGCAGCACUUGAGUACUCGGUCCUUGCACCAAAAAUGCCACAGCUGGAUUCCCGAGACACAGACUAGUGAAGUUUCAUUCCCUCAGCACAGUUCAGUACUAGUUAAUGCAGUAGCUGAUCCUCAGAAAGGUCACUGGAUCCCUCAGCAAACUGUGGAGGAAGUCUCACUGGUCACUGUAAAGUUUCCAGAAACCAAUAAACAUCAGGAGCCUUGGAGCCAAAACCAGACGCAACCCUAUUUUCCACAUGAACAUAUGGAUGGUGGUGGCUCUAAAAAUGGGAUCUACUCCAACUCCCAGUGGCAAGGACCCAGCUACAUAGACCAACUGGUCACCACGAGUGGCCAUGUGGAUUAUAAUAUGGCCACCAUGUCCGGGGUGGAGCUCAGUCAUAGAUCGGUUGGGGAAUUUCAAAGUGGCAUGCCAACAUCAUCCUCAUCAUCUUAUCAGCAGCUUUACACAAAACAACCACCAAUGAAUUAUUCCUACACCAAUCAAAACUCCUCACUGGAUCACAUUCUUCCCUCAUUGGAUGCUUAUGAAUUGUUUGAUUCCACACAAUCCCAUGACUCCACCCACAGAAAGAUGGAAAAUGGCUUCAUCCUCAAUCCCACCAUGACCUGCCCGUUCCCUGAUGACAACGGUGUGACACCCGUGCCUGGUGACAAGCCCCUCCCACCUGUCACAGAUCCUCCAGCCACUGGCUUCUACCUUUAACAGAAGCCUCAUGAUGGACCAAUCAGAACGUUCCCCGGCUAAGUCCCACAGGAGGAAAAGAACCACUAAAAGGAAGCGUUUCUGAUAUUUCUGUUCAUAUUUAUUCAAUUCUAACGGUGAGGAUGUGAAUCAGUAAGCCCUCGGGGGGGUCGAGUUGUAGAAAAUUGUGUUUAUGACAUUCAUCUCGUAUUCAGUGAAAGAUUUUCACACAUCAUUUGGUGUUCGAGACGUCAGCGUGUGUGAGCGUGAGACGCAGUGAGAGCUAGACGUGGUUAUAUACAGCACUUAGAUUCCAUUAAAAAGGCAGUAUUAGGAAAUAAAUAGAAACAUGAAUAUGCAGAUGAUUUAAUGUAUUUAUAAGCUGGUUAGUUAGUCUAAUUAUGAUCGUACUGUACUUGAUUAACCAGUUUAACCAUCUCAGCAGUUCUGUUCAGGGUUGAAAUUUAAAAUGAUCAUAAUUUGAGGAAAAGGAGUGCACAUGAAUCAUAACCAAGAGAACUAAUCAGUGUGAAGGUGUAAUUUCAGAAAACACGUAUUUAUUGAGAUGAAUGACUCUUUUUUUUCUUUUACAAAUACGAUAAUUAUGGUAUAUCUGGCAAUGCUGCUUCUGUUUAAGGACUUAAUUUGAAGAAAUUCUCUCAUUUCUGAAAAGGAAAAGGUCUUUUUCUCGUUGCCUUUUGCUUCAACUUGUUCCUUUAAGUUACACCAGCUAGCUGUGCCUUUUUUUCUUUUUUUUUUUCAAAAUAUUGGAUUUUGUAUAUUUACGACAAAAAUCAUUCCCUAUUUGUUAUGGAAAAGCGUCAACAGUGGUACACUUGUAACACACGUUGCCAUGGAACACACCAGCCUAGCCGUGUUCGAUAGCAUUGUUAGCUUCCUCGUGAGUGAAGGAGUGAAUUUUUGCUCCCCCAUAAAAAGCAUCUUUUUUUUUUCUUGCUUUAGGACCGGUUAAAAGGAAAUCAGCUUGAAACAACAUUUAAAGGGUUUUGUAAAGUUGCGAUGUAAGCAGGCUAGCAUCAGACUGGAAAAGCUAGCUAGCUGUGGGCUAUCCACUUUCCUUUUUUAGUUUUGCUAACAAUGCUAGUUAACGUUUUACAUGCUGACAGGAAGCACGAGGCGUCGCUGUGUUUAAUUGUGUUUCUUGAACUUGGAUCACUCAGUCAGCGCUUUUUCAUGUUUUGUUGAAAAAAAAAAUUGUGAAGUGUUUCGAAAAUCUGGAGAAAAAGCCUUUUUGUAUUUCUUUUUUUACUUGAGCUUGCUGAUCUGAGAUCAAGUGUGUGUUCCUUGUAGUUUUAGGGUUAGCUGUGGUUUGUCCAAGUGACGAACCUGAAAAAUGUUGACAAAUCAAACAGAAAAAUAUAAUUAUCUGGAAUUAAACUGUACCAAACUGCAUUUAUUAUUAUUAUUAUUAUUUAUUAUUAUUAUUAUUAUUAUUACUGGAGUAGGAUAUAUAAGUGAAUAAAAUAUAUAUAUAUAAUGCUAUAAAAAUGUAUUUCUAUAUACGAUAAAUUAUUUAAAAUGACUUAAAGUACGACCUUCUUAAAAAAUGCGUGGUGUUGUGAGAAAGCAGUCACGAUGUCAUCCUCUUGGAAGAGCCAAAUUCUGAUGUUUGCCUGUUUUCAAGUCUUUAAUUAUACGUAAUGAAUUGUGACCAAAAUAAGGUGUUUACUUCUUGUCUCAACGUGUCUCAACUUUCAUUAGCAUUAGCGCUCUAUCCUGUAGCUUAGCGAGCUCCAUUCAGCCACCAGUUUCAGAGCCGCGAGGGUAAAAACAGCGACUCCGACUCGCUCACAGUCGUCCUCUCGCUGUUUUAGCUGAUGCUGAUAGAAAUCGUAUGUCGUAAAAGCAUUCUUUGGUUGUGAGUUGAGAUUGCGGUGUUGGAGCACGUAACGUGCCACUUCGUGAUUUAAGAAACACGAUAACGUUCCCUGAGUGUGAGACGUUUUCUAAAGAGUGCGAGCGCUGAUUAAACUCUUGUCUGAACUCCACCAACAGGAGGAGAGCAAAUUCACGGGGCAGCGAGAAAACACAGUGAUACGAUGGUGAUCAUCGAAACAUGCUCAUGGACACGAAACUGUUCCUUUGUGUUUGUUUUCAUGUUGUUUAAUCGCAGGUCUACCGUUGGAGGAUCUUCAUCGUAUAAUCUGACACAAGCCCACGUUUUCACACUUGGUUAGAGAAUUCACAACAGAGAUCAUCCGGAUCUCGUGAAAAACAUCAAGAAGGUUAUUUUAUUCGAGAGGCCAAACAAAUGUUCCAGCAGUUUAUCUUCCUUACGAAUAGUUUCAUCAGUGCGCUGUUAUACAUUUAAAUACUGAACAUUUUACUUCUGGAAUUUAUUUACACACAGUGCAUAUUUAUGAUUACAUUUGAGAUCAAAAGAUUGAUACUUGGAACAAAAUUAUAUAUAUAAAUGCCAUCUUAAGUAACUACUUGAAAACUUUUCUUACGUGAGGUGGCUUCAGCUCUAUGACCAAUACGAUCAACUUUUAAAAUAGAAAAGAGUAAAAGCGAUGUGAAGUGAAAGGUGUGAUGUAAAACGACUUUUUGUUGCUAGCGCACUUACGAAGAGCACUCGUAGCACAGCCAGGAGAUUUACUUCCUCAGACUUCUACUGAAAAGCAGAAAUGAUUGUGAUUGGCUACAUCAAGGGACCAAUGAUGAUGAAGAAAAUGCACAUGAUGUUGUACAACGCCUACUGAUAAAAUCUUUAUGGAGACUUAGCUUGCUGUGUAGCUAACGUUGAACUAACUUUGCUGCUAGCUAGCAUGAAUCAUGUUUGGUAGUCGAGUGCUUUAAAAGACAAUCCAGCAGUCAAUCAUUCCAAGUCAUUCGAAAGUCGUUCUACUGGAAACCAUCUCUCCAUCACCGCAUUAGCUCCGACUCUCUCUGGAGCCAACGUGCAAAACGUUCCCUUUUGAAAUGGAACGGUGUGUCGGUUCAGGUUCUUUGGAAAUGAAGAUAAUUAGAAAUAUAGCAUGAAAGAUCAUCAGAUAAAACGUUUAUAUGCUAGCAAGCUUUAUCACUGUGUCGUGGUUAAAGGAGAACUGAAGGCAAAUGUUUUUAUCAAGAUUCUAUUUCUUAUUUUAUUAAAUAUCGGAAUGCAUUUUUGAUCGCUAUUUUGUCGCUGCUAUAGCAAGUUAUGAGUGUUUGAAAUAUGCUCUGUAAUAUAUCAGUCCAUAUGUCAAAGCAAUGACCGUAAACAAGAUUCGUUGAAACCUGUGCGAGACAUCGUAGGACGGUAGUAAAACAUACAGCGGAAGUCAAAGUGAUCUGCCAGCGUUGUCAAAAGACGCGCGCGCCCUCUUUCGAAUGCUGACGUAAUCAAGCCAGAAGUUUUGUUUGUUUUGAUAGCAAUCAGGAAAGUUUGAAAAAAGUAGGCAGUAAUCGUCAUUUAAACUCGUUUUUGUGCAAUAUUUCGCUUGGAAAACAGUUUUCAAAAUGGCGGCGCUGACACUUGACGUUUCGAAGUCUCGCACAAGUCUCGUGAAGAUCGCGCGGAUAAGGGACGCCUGCCGUGGACCGAACGAACUAAAUUCAACACGGCUAAAAACCGAAUAGGCUGAUAAGUAUAAUAUUUAAUUGCAAUUAGUUGCCAAUACGAGUCACGAUAUAAGGUUACUAAAACCGAAAACGUAAUUGAAUAACACGUUAAUUAAGAAAUAAAGCAAGUUUAAAAAUGACUUCGGUUCCCCUUUAACUCAUUUUAGUGUUGUUUUUGACUCUUUUUGAGUUAUUUACCAAGUUACUUUUUAAUGAAAGUUUGAACAAAACUAUCAAUCAAACAAAGAUCAAAU